AAGGAAGGGCAGGUCUUCAUUUUUGGAGGACAGGAUUAAAAAAACAGCAGAACUCUGACAGGCAUUACCAGUGCUGGGUGUAUUUUAUCCAGCACAAACAUGACUUUGCUGAGAUGUGUCAUCGCUCAGAUACUGUGGGCAUUCUAUGCUAUAGGAGAAGUGCCAGUGUGUGAACAGCCACCUGAUGUUGAUUUUGGCAACAUUAUUAGUGAUGAGAAGCUGCAAUAUGUGGAGAGUGACACAGUGCAGUAUGGCUGCAACCCUGGAUACACACUGGCAGGAUCACAACGGAUAAAGUGUGACGGGAGAAACUGGACGCCACCUCCAAAAUGUUUGGCACCAUGCACUAUCACAAAACAGCAGCUCGAGGAGAAAAAACUGCUUCUGCCUAGUGGCCGUAGACGUACAUUAAUGAUUCAAACUGAUCAAGUUGUGGAAUUUUCUUGCAGUGAAGGAUAUGUCCUCAUGGUGCCCUCAAACAGGAAGUGUUUUGAUGGGCACAUGGAUUUUCCACUGUGUAUCUCUGAGACAGGAAAGAAAUGUGGACGUCCCCCUGUUGUUGCUAAUGGAGAUAUGACUACUUUUGCCCAAAAAGAGUAUGCCUCAGGCUCUCUUGUGGAGUACACAUGUCAAAAGUUUUAUUCAUUGAAAGGGCAAAACAAAUCUUUCUGUGACAAUGGAAACUGGAUUGAAAUACCAGUUUGUGAGGACCCAUGUAUUAUCUCUCAGGAAGAAAUGCAAAAUCAUGGCAUAGAGCUGACUGAGGCAUACAAUGGAACACAAUACGUACAAUACCAUGAUUUUGUUGUGUUUAAUUGCAAAUCAGGACACAUACCCCAGGCAUUGUUAUCUAUUUCCAACUUUACUGUGCAGUGUAAUUCAGGCAACAUUGCAUAUCCACACUGCAAUAAAGAUGAAUUAGGAAGAUGUGGUCCUGCACCUUCUAUUCAAAAUGGAGACAUCAUUUCUGAACAAUUGCCAGUAUAUGCAGCAGGUUCUUCAGUGGAGUACAAAUGCCAACGUUUUCAUGGAAUGACAGGAUCCAAAACAAUCACAUGCCGCUUGGGCAAAUGGACAGCCCCACCAAUAUGUUCAGAAAUUAGAUGUGAUUCUCCAACAGUGACUAAUGGAACCUACCACCCUCUAAGGAGAGUCUUCAGAGAAGAGGAUACAAUCAGUGUGACCUGUAAUGCAGGAUUUCACUUUGAUACAAAUAAUAGGAACAAUAUUUCUGAAUGCACAAAGACUGGGUGGAUACCCUUUCCAAGAUGUACCCGGAGGCCCUGUGACUACCCACACAUAGAAAAUGGAGCAUUAACUAGGAGUUAUGAAUAUUACAGAGAACAAAUGUUUCCAGCUACGUUAGGUAGGACAAUUCGCUACCAAUGUGAUCAAGGUUACACACCUAAAACCAACGAAAGAUACUCCAUAUGCACUAAAGAGGGCUGGAAUCCCAAGCCACAGUGUCUUAAAAUAUGUGAUACUAAUUAUUUAGCAAAUGGCCAUUUUCUACUUCGUUAUUGGAGAUAUAAAGAAGAUGAUGAAAUUUCAUAUGAAUGUUGGCAUGAUUAUAGACCUGAAAAUCCAGAAGCCAAAGCUGUAUGUACAAAGAAUAACUGGAUGCCUCCUCCAAGAUGUAUCUAUAAAAAUGUAAGAUGUGGAGCUCCACCUCCAGUUAACAUGGCUGCUAUUAUAAAUAGAGAAGAGAAACAAUAUCUGCCUGGUUCUAGGGUGCAGUAUAGAUGUGUGGAAGGUUUUAAAAGUAUGGAGCUGAGUUAUGUGACUUGUGAAGCAGAUGGAAAAUGGUCACAACCACCAGUUUGCAAUGAUAUGAGAUGUGGACCUCCACCAGUGAUUGAGAAUGGUACUCCAGACAGUAAACGGCAAAGGUAUUUUCCUGAAGAGAAGGUGCGUUAUCGAUGUCGAAGAGGCCUGUCCCUUAUUGGGUCUCCGAUGGUAACAUGUAAGGAAAGGCAAUGGUCUGAACCACCAACGUGCAGAGAAGAAAAAACAUGUUUGCAGCCACCAUCUAUAGAAAAUGGUGAGAUUCUUAGCUCAGAAAAUCAAAACUUAACUCAGGAGCCAUCAGGACCAGGGAGUUAUCGAAAUGGCACUGUGUUAACAUACACUUGUAACACUGGCUUCGAAUUACAAGGACCACCGAACAUAAUCUGUGAGACUGGAAAAUGGACCACAGCUCCUGCAUGUUUUGGUAAUUACACUGU